AUGAAGAAAACAUGGGGCAUUUCUGACCUUCUGGUUCAGCAGCAUCAGAUACACGGCAAGGCCGCGCGCUUCAUCUAUGACAGAAUUGUGGACAGGGAUCUCAUAAUCAUCGCAGAUGACAUAAAUUCAUUGCCGGCAGAGGCACCACAGUCUGAGAAGCGCCAAGUUGCCAACACGGAGGACGCUGUUCACAAGAUGAGCCAGUUACUGGGCAGAGGGCUGCGCAUUGAUGAGAACACAGCCAAAUAUUACUUGGCAGAUGCGGGCGGCGACCUGAAAAAGGCAAUCAAGCUGUUUGGUGAGCACGCCAUCGUCCUGCUGGAGGACACACCCUGA